UCACGACUUCCAUAGACCGUUGUCAAUUGUUCAAAAAACGAUCAGGAUAUUUAAAUAUCAUGCGCUAAAGUUGUCCCAUUUUCCCGCACAGUACUCUAUCACCUGAAAUGUGGUAGGACGGUAGGUCGUCCACUGUGCAAAUCAGAAGGCUUUUAUAACAGACUUCGCACCAAAGAGGAAAAUGGAUAACUUACAACAUUAACAUUUUGAAUUUAUAGCUGUGUCGGGUUCAACGGUUUAAACAUAACUUGUAACACGAACCACAAACGGCAAGUUUUAGUUUGUUUUCGCCGAGUAUAAGCCAGUCAGUUGCAGUGCGGAGUUGGUUGGUAGCAUUUCUAAAAUGAUUGAAGCGUUUUUGCGACAAUGGACCGAUACCACAACGGUGAUAAUUUUUCUUGUCACAUUGCUGUUUUAUUACUGGUAUCGGAGACCUCUUCGGUUUCCCCCUGGGCCACGUGGAUUACCUUUGGUUGGGGUUUUACCGUUUUUAGGAAAAUACACAGCACGAACGAUGCACAAAUGGAGCAAGAAAUAUGGUCCGGUGAUGUCGGUGCGAAUGGGAAAUGAGGACUGGGUUGUCAUGGGAAACUACGAAGCUGUUCACCAGAGCUUUGUAAAAGCAGGCAACGUGUUCUCUGGACGUCCUGUGUUGAAGGUGGCGAAUGAGAUAGCUGAGGGCAAGGGAAUUGUUAUGAGAGAUUUUAACACAACAUGGAAAACACACAGAAAGUUUGGAAGCAUUACUCUUCGGGGGUUCGGGGUUGGUAAGAAGAGCUUAGAAGAUCGAAUCUAUGAAGAGGUGGAGGUAAUGAACAAAGAAAUUCUUUCAAAAGGAGGAAAACCAUUUGACAUCACAGAAAUCUUGACCAACGCAGUCAUGAACGUCAUCAGCAUCAUAACUACCGAUCAAAGGUUUGAAUAUGAUGACGAGCAUUUCCGACUACUUCAGCAAAUUUUCACGAAAUGGUUCCUGGAACCCGAGAACACAGCUGCUUUCGCGAACAUAAUUUAUGUUCCUUUGCUUUGCAAUAUACCCCCUUACCGAAGCAAGUAUUUGGAAGUAAAACGGGACAUGAAAAGGGUUUCAGCCGUUUUUCAACAAAUGGUAGAGCAACAUAGAAAAACCUUUGACAAAAAUAACCUUCGCGACUUUAUUGAUGCUUUUAUUUGUGAAGGGAAGAAGGGCACAGACGAAAGUUUUACGGAUGGGCAGCUUGUACAAUAUGUGCGUGAAAUGUUCGAAGCUGGAACAGAAACAAUGACAGGAACUGUCAGAUGGGCGAUGCUGUGUCUCAUCCAUUACCCAGAUGGGCAAAAAAAACUUCGGGAAGAAAUAUUUGAAGCAAUAGGUAACAACAACCGCCCGAGCAUAAGCGAUCGCAAAGCAAUGCCAUUCACCUCAGCUUUUAUACAAGAGGUGUUUCGAUUUCGCACUCGCGUUCCUUUGGGCGUCCAACACAUGACAACACAAACCGUAAACUUCGCAAACUAUGUUAUUCCAAAAGGAACCACGAUUCUUGCCAAUAUGUGGGCGGUGCACAACGAUCCUGAUGUGUGGGACGAACCAAGCAAGUUUAAACCUGAGCGUCACCUCGAUGACAAAGGAAACUUUGUUCAGUCGAAUCACGUGAUACCUUUCUCGGUGGGCCCACGUCAUUGCUUGGGAGAACAACUUGCUCGAAUGGAAAUCUUCAUCUUCCUGGUUUCAAUGGUUCAGAAGUUUGAGUUUCUUCCGGAUCCGAACGAACCAGAUCUUCCUGAGAUUGAUGACGGAGUUAAGGGCAACGGUUUCUUUCCAUACCCGUUCAACUUUGUUGCUAGUGAGAUUUAAUCUAAUGAUUUCAAUCAACGUUUCUCAUAUCAUAAACAAAGUCACGAAAAUUCAGAAACAUAUUAUGGUAUACAGGUUGUAGUUACAGACAACCUGUUAUCAAUGUAAAUAGUCGAUGUUUAAUAUCAUGUCGUAUCAUUACAGACUCCAUUAGUAUCUGAUGGCUUUGUUUUAAUAAAAUUUACGAGAUGCUA